AUGGGGUCUAGUGAAUCGAAUAGGCUGGUCUUCCAGGAGACAGACGAAGCCGGCAAUUCUACCGCAACCUACAUCUAUUCUGGGGACACUACGAAGCGAGCUUCAUUCGGUCGAGUGGAUGUUGUGGCAUCUUCCCCGUCUACCUCGCCAUGGUCAACCAAGCCUCUGAUCGGCUCGCUGAGUGAUGUUUUUCUUCCUUCCGGGUUUCCUCACAGUGUCAGCGACGACUAUUUACCAUAUCAAAUCUUCGACUCCCUCCAAGCCUUCUGCAGCUCAAUAGCGGGCCUCCUCUCCUCCCGCGCAGUACUACAAGGAGUCGGCGUCGGCAACGCAGAUGCCUCCCCAACUUCAGCUCUCCUACUUCACAUAUUACAAGACAUAUCCGGGCGGAUAGCCACAAUCCUCUUCGCCCACCGCGUCGGCACAGCCCUAGAACCAGAAUGCAAGACCUACAGACUUGCCGCAGAUGUCUUCAACGACAUCGCCAUGAUCAUGGACUGUCUCUCGCCGAUGGUUCCUGCUGGCAUGAUGCGGGUUACUAUCCUCAGUACGGCAGGGGUACUGCGUGCAUUGUGUGGUGUCGCUGGGGGAAGUUCGAAGGCUAGUUUGAGUGCGCAUUUUGCGAGAUGGGGGAAUUUGGCGGAGCUUAAUGCUAAAGAUUCGUCUCAGGAGACGGUUAUUUCGCUGUUUGGGAUGUUGGUCGGAUCUGUUGUCAUUUCACACAUAACCAGCUUCACUACAACCUGGAUAGCGCUAUUACUCCUUCUAGCACUCCAUCUGAGCAUGAAUUACGCCGCUGUCCGAGCAGUUCAGAUGACAAGUCUGAACAGGCAACGAGCGAACAUUACAUUCUCGGCUCUACUAGACUCCGAUACGAGUUUGGAAGAUGCGCUAAGCCUGAGCUCGACGUCGACCGUAGAUCCCAACAGCAAACCGACUAACGGAAGCCAAUUGACGAUCUUCACACCUGCAGAUAUAGCACGUCACGAGCGCAUCUUCCAUCGAGGUGAAGCGCUACAAUGGACAACCCAUUCAUCGACAUCGACAUCGACAUCGACAUCAACGGAAUAUCUAGGCUCAGCCCAAAUAGGGCUUUCUUUGUCCUCAUUCUUCGGCACUUCUGCCAAUAGCACGAGAAGUACCAUCCCAGUACAACAGCUCACAGCCCUAUUCUCGAACGAGACCUACCUCCUCUUCCUCACACCUUCAUCAUCACCCUCAUCCGCAAAGAGAAAAUGGCACGCAUCCAUUCUCCUCAAAAAGGGCUGUACAACCCCUGAUCAGUUAAAAGCAUGGACACAUGCAUUGCUAGCAGCGAGGGUACUGGUCUUGAUGCAUUCAUCAAAAGAGACGCAGACCAAAAUUGAAAGAGGAAGAAGUAAAGAAAGAGGAAGAUCAAAGCGGGGGAGAAAAGAAUCCCCCGAUGCAACGGACCUUUCAAGUUCGAGUGAUAUAUUCACAGUCCUAGACGUCCUUGAACGAACUCUAUCCUGUCUCAACGCAGAGUCCCGUUUUGGGGAUUAUCUCGUGCGCUUGCGGGAUGUAGGCUGGAACCUUGAUAUUGCGGCAUUGGAGACGAGGGGUCGGAGGAGGGUUUCUAUUUGA